GGGCUUCACCAUUUUCUUGUAACCCUACUCCUCCCCCUUUCUCUCAGUCGUUCUCCCUCUCUCACACUACUCGAUCUCUCUCUGCCUCUCUCACACUCAUCUCUCUCGAUCUCCUUGUCUCUCUCACACUCGAUCUCUCCAUCUUUCUCUCUGUACAAGACGUCGUUGAUGACACAGGGGGCUUGGCGACGACGGCUUAGGCGCAAACGAUGGUGCUUGGUGGUGGUGAUGGCAGCGAGUUUGGGGAACUCGACAUCAAUGGUGGUUGUUCUAGGCAUAUGACAGGUAACAAAAGCAUACUCACUGACUUGAAGACUUUGAAAAAUGGGGAAGUCACAUUUGGAGAUGGUAAAGGCAAAGGCAAGCUGGACCAAGCCUGAGAUGGAGAGCUCCGAGGUGGAAUGUACAUAGCCAGCCGUUCGAUCAUCAUGGUCGAGGAGUGGAUCAGGACAGGGAUUACCUAACCGCUUGUUUUGCCUUAGUAUGGCUGAUUAUUGUACCUGAAACUUCUAACUUUUGUAAACGAUCUUUAAACUUGUAUUUUUGGGAUCCCGUGUAAACAAAUAAUGUUUCUUAAUGAAAAAGUGGCUUUUGAGACCAAACCAUUUUAAACCCUAGUUCCUUUACAAUUUUAGUAACACGGUUUUAAUUAAAUGACUUGAUUAGCAAGUCUUGCACUUUAUAAACACACAGUGUGACGGUCUUGGCUAUCCAGGGCGUUACAACUUGGUAUCAGAGCGUCCUAGGUUUAUGGGUCCUGAAGACUGGCUGGAUAUGUACAUUCGCCGCGGGAGACAAGCUCAACUCAGGGUUUGGUAAAUGUGUACAUGAUUAUGUGCUUAAAUGAUUUGAGUGAGAUAUGAUUGUUGAUAUUUGAUUGUUGAAUAGGGAGCCUGAGAUGCUGAUAGGGCCUGGCCCUUGACUAUUGCAUGAUGUUGUUGAGGCGUGCUUAUUAGCACUGCUGUGUAUGUGAGUGGAUAUCUGGAUAAAUUGCUAUACUUUGAUUGCUUGUGAAUGAUUGGAGUUCCAGUGAUGGAUUGUGAAAGGAUUAUUACCCUGUCAUUAUAGCCUAAUUUGCUGAGUCGUUGGUUGCAGAUUGACUUGAAUAGUUAUGCGUUCAAGGAAAUCCACAUGACUAGCCGGCAGGUCUGGGGCUAGAGAUGAUGAUCGGGGUCAGACCCCUCUGCCAGUCCCUGAGAAUUGGCAGCAGUUAAUGGCAGAUAUGCAAGCUAGGCUUCAUAGCCAAGAUGAACAGAUUCGAAUUCUGUAGCAAGCUCCAUCUGGGAGUGUUGCCCCUGCUGUGCCACCGGCGAUGGUACUUGUGGUACAACCAGUUGAUGUUGGGAACAAGUGGGAACCGUUGUAUGAGCGGUUCAGGAAGCAACAUCCCCUGAUCUUUGAGGGUGGACCAGAUCCACUAAAGGCUGAGCAGUGGAUGACUAUGAUCACUACUAUACUUGAUUUUAUCAGAGUGGAAGGAUAUGACAGGGUGCCUUGUGCCACUUAUAUGUUGAGGGAGGAUGCCCGAAUCUGGUGGGAGGUGGCAUCACAGACUAGGGAUGUUGCUGCAAUGACUUGGGAAGGGUUUAAGGAUCUGUGGGAUAACGGAGGAAGCAGCCUGAGAGCGCUAGCCCUAGUUAUCAUUUGUGUAGUGAUAUAUGAUAUGAAUUGAUAUGUUUAACAUGUUGGAUACUUGAUUAUACUGAAUGACUAUAUGGCUGAGAUCAUGUGAUGCAAUGUGACAUAUCGAUUUGUCUGGUAAUUGCUUAUGCUCUGUUGUUAUGUUUUCUUGCUGAGCCUUAGCUCACGGGUGCUACAUGGUGCAGGUAAAGGCAAAGGCAAGCUGGACCAAGCCUGAGAUGGAGAGCUCCGAGGUGGAAUGUACAUAGCCAGCCGUUCGAUCAUCAUGGUCGAGGAGUGGAUCAGGACAGGGAUUACCUAACCGCUUGUUUUGCCUUAGUAUGGCUGAUUAUUGUACCUGAAACUUCUAACUUUUGUAAACGAUCUUUAAACUUGUAUUUUUGGGAUCCCGUGUAAACAAAUAAUGUUUCUUAAUGAAAAAGUGGCUUUUGAGACCAAACCAUUUUAAACCCUAGUUCCUUUACAAUUUUAGUAACACGGUUUUAAUUAAAUGACUUGAUUAGCAAGUCUUGCACUUUAUAAACACACAGUGUGACGGUCUUGGCUAUCCAGGGCGUUACAACUUGGUAUCAGAGCGUCCUAGGUUUAUGGGUCCUGAAGACUGGCUGGAUAUGUACAUUCGCCGCGGGAGACAAGCUCAACUCAGGGUUUGGUAAAUGUGUACAUGAUUAUGUGCUUAAAUGAUUUGAGUGAGAUAUGAUUGUUGAUAUUUGAUUGUUGAAUAGGGAGCCUGAGAUGCUGAUAGGGCCUGGCCCUUGACUAUUGCAUGAUGUUGUUGAGGCGUGCUUAUUAGCACUGCUGUGUAUGUGAGUGGAUAUCUGGAUAAAUUGCUAUACUUUGAUUGCUUGUGAAUGAUUGGAGUUCCAGUGAUGGAUUGUGAAAGGAUUAUUACCCUGUCAUUAUAGCCUAAUUUGCUGAGUCGUUGGUUGCAGAUUGACUUGAAUAGUUAUGCGUUCAAGGAAAUCCACAUGACUAGCCGGCAGGUCUGGGGCUAGAGAUGAUGAUCGGGGUCAGACCCCUCUGCCAGUCCCUGAGAAUUGGCAGCAGUUAAUGGCAGAUAUGCAAGCUAGGCUUCAUAGCCAAGAUGAACAGAUUCGAAUUCUGUAGCAAGCUCCAUCUGGGAGUGUUGCCCCUGCUGUGCCACCGGCGAUGGUACUUGUGGUACAACCAGUUGAUGUUGGGAACAAGUGGGAACCGUUGUAUGAGCGGUUCAGGAAGCAACAUCCCCUGAUCUUUGAGGGUGGACCAGAUCCACUAAAGGCUGAGCAGUGGAUGACUAUGAUCACUACUAUACUUGAUUUUAUCAGAGUGGAAGGAUAUGACAGGGUGCCUUGUGCCACUUAUAUGUUGAGGGAGGAUGCCCGAAUCUGGUGGGAGGUGGCAUCACAGACUAGGGAUGUUGCUGCAAUGACUUGGGAAGGGUUUAAGGAUCUGUUUCAUCAGAAGUAUUAUAAUGUUGCCAUUCGGGCAGCGAAAGUGAAUGAGUUCGUGGGGCUGGCUCAGGGCAGUAUGACAGUUACAGAAUAUGCCCUGAAGUUCGACAGACUUGCGAAGUUCGCACCAGAUCUUGUGCCUACUGAUGCAGCUAGGCAGGAAAGAUUUACUAGAGGGCUGAAUGCUAUGAUAGCCCGAGAUGUAAGGAUUACCACAGUUCCUGGAGGGACUACUUAUGCCCAGGCUGUGGAGAAGGCUCUUACCGCCGAGGAAGCGGAGAAUAAGAUAUGGAGGGAGAGUGUUGUGAGAAGGGAGGGCCGCAGGGUGGUGCCUCCAUAUUCUGGUUCUGGUAGGGGCGGAGGCCCCAGCGAUUUGAAGAGAAAGACUCCUGAUGCUUUGAUUGCUCCUGGUCCUGAUAGGAGAGGUCGGGGUAUUCAGGGUGGCCGUCAGGGAGGCGGUGAUUCGUGGAGGACUUAUCCAGAGUGCACGAGGUGCAAGAGACGCCAUCCAGGCGAGUGUCGGGCUAAGGCCUGCUAUGUGUGUGGGGUGGUGGGACACCUCAGGAAGGAUUUCCCGACAGUGAAGAAGGGAGAGACAGGGAAGGUGGACAACUUGACUCCAGCUCGAGUGUUCACUCUGACGCAGGCGGAGGCCGAGGCUAGUCCCUCGGUAGUGACAGGUUAGCUUUCUAGUGCUGGCAUUCCUUUUACUGUGUUGAUUGAUUCUGGUGCUACACAUUCAUUUGUAUCUGAUAAGGUGAUUGAUAGACUGUGUAGACCUAGUGAGUAUAGUGCUUCAGGGUUUGGGACUAUAUUGCCUACAGGAGAACUGGUAGUAUUUAGGAGGUGGA